AUGGCCAAGAACAAGCUACAUCCUGGGCUAACCACAAUUCUCCUCCUGUUGAUGGCUUGGUUGGCCAUGACCAACGCUGCAACUUUUGAGAAGUUCCUGAGGCAGCACGUGGAUUACCCAAUGACUGAAGCUCCAGAUCCACAACGGUACUGCAAACUCAUGAUGAAGCGUCGUCACUUGGCAACCAGUAGACAUUGCAAACACAUCAAUACAUUUGUCCACACGGAGGUCCCUCAGAUCCAAGCGGUGUGUGGCCCGGCAGGAGAACCAACCACGGGAGACCUCCGAGAAAGUGACACCAGCUUCCCCCUCACAGUGUGCAAACUUCAAAGGGGCUCGUGGGCUCCAGAUUGCAACUAUGUGGGAACCAGCGCUGUCGACAGGAUUAUUAUCGCUUGUGAAGAUGGUAACCCGGUCCACUUGGAAACCGAAGUCCCAGAUUAUUUGAAGCUGGAGAAGUUCUGA